UAAAUAAAAGAGGCCCCUCCUUGUAUUAGUUAGUGCCUUAGUGGCUCUGCAUGUGCUCUGCAAUCACAGAGAAAGGCUUUUGCUUUAUACUAUGAAUAAUAAAUUAUAUUAUUAUUAUUAUUAAAUUAUUAGUAAUAUUUAAUAAUUCUACCGUCCAUUCCCAAAAUUCCAUGCAAUCAGCAGUUGAUUCAUCACCUUUAUUCCGUGUAUAAAUAUAACGCAUCAUUCUGAUUCAUACCUCCCUCUUCCCCUCUUUCACUCAUCUCACUACAAUUAAUCCUUUGAGAUUAUAUUUUUGAGGUUCUUGUGAAUUUGGUUAUUAACAUUUUUAGAGACAAUGGGUGAAGAAGCUAAGCAGGAACAAGAACAAGCUCCGGUAGAAGUGAAAGUGGAGGAGAAGAAAGAAGAAGAAAAGAAAGAGGAGGAAAAGAAAGAAGAAGCGAAGCCACCUGCUCCAGUUGUGCUGUUUGUGGAUUUGCAUUGUGUUGGAUGUGCCAAGAAAAUUGAGAGGUCCAUUAUGAGGAUGAGAGGAGUUGAAGGGGUUAUUAUUGAUAUGGGGCAGAACCAAGUGACAAUAAAGGGAUUAGUGGAGCCUCAGGCCAUUUGCACCAAGAUUAUGAAGAAAACUAAGAGAAGAGCUAAGGUUUUGUCCCCACUCCCUGCUGCUGAGGGUGAACCCAUACCUGAAGUUGUUGCUUCACAGGUGAGUGAAUCAAGUACCGUGGAGCUUAAUGUCAACAUGCAUUGUGAAGCCUGUGCACUCCAACUUAAGAAGAAAAUACUCAAAAUGAAAGGAGUGAGAACAGUAGAAACUGAGCUGAGUUCAGGGAAAGUAACCGUAACAGGAACAAUGGACGGAGAAAAGCUGGUAGAUUACGUCUACAGACGCACCAAAAAACAAGCGAAAAUCGUGCCACAACCCGAACCCGAACCCGAAAAGCCGGCAGAAGAACCGGCAAAGCCGGAGGAGGAGAAGCCACCGGCUGCCGAAGAAAAGAAAGAAGAAGGUGGCGGUGAAGAGAAAAAAGAAGGCGAAGCUGCUGCAGCCGCACCACCACCACUGCCUGAAGAAGCAAAGAAAGACGGCGGUGACGUGGCGGCGGAGGCGGAGGCGAAGGAGGAAGAGAUAGUGAUGGUGAACACAAUCAACGGUGAACCAAUGAUGCAGAGAAUGAUGUACAGUAGUUACUAUCAGCCGGUUUACAUGAUUGAGAGAAUCCCAGCUCCUCAGUUGUUUUCGGAUGAAAAUCCAAAUGCGUGCGUUAUUUCGUAAAAAUAUAUUAUUAUAAAUAAAGAUGUUUUAUUGGUUGAUCGCUAAAUCAGUUGGUAUAGGUGUAUAGCUGUGCGGUUAUAUGUAGCUAUAUAUAUGUGAUUGGUGGUGGUGUGCGUUUACUUACAUUUGUAUAAGUGGAUGUCGAUGUGAUAUUUUUGGAGAAACAUCGAUACAUAUGUAUGCUCUACUUUAUGUAAUAAUUUUCGAUCUUAUAUAUAUAUUACAUUACGGAGUCUGUUGCAUUCA